AACAAAUUUCAGAAUCACGUAUUGAUAUUUUAACUUUCAAAGAUUUAUUAGAAGAGAUUACUGUAUAUAAAAAAAGGAAAGUGCUUUUGUUGUUUGCAACUGUGGCAUUUCACAAUAUUCUACGAAGCGUGGGAACUGUUCCACUUAUGUGGACCUCUCUUGGUCGAUGUUUGGAAGAGAAUAUCAUGUUUUGCUAG